UUGAUCUGCACGCGGCAACAUACGUUCUAUUCGAGAUCAGUGCUUCGUUCUUAUCCUGAAAAUCCACAGCACUUAUUCCGACCAACGCUGUUACCUGAAUUCUCUCUCCAAAGCCUACGCAUACCAGUUCACGCAUUACUAUUUUUGAUCACAAUCACAUUCAGAGAUGGGAAAUUGGACCGCUCAGGAGGCGGCCAACGCGUGGAAGAAAGCAGCGGAGGAAGAAGUAAAGAUGGCCAUUGCUGCUAAGGAGGAGGCUGAACGCCAGUUGAAACAUGGUAUUCAACCUGUCGUGACGCCCACAUAUCAAGAGGUUCUCGCUGCCAAGCAGAGGGUUCAAUACCGCGAGGAUCUUUUCCACUUUGCAGUAGCCGGCGUGGCAGGUGGAGGAAAAUCAUCUCUCAUCAAUGCUUUCCGCGGCUUGCAUAACAAGGAUAUCGGAUCUGCCGCCACUGGCAUCCCCGAUACAACGCUGACCAUGGCCAGAUACGGCAACCCCAACGCGGAAUAUCCAUAUGUUUGGUACGACAUUCCUGGCGCGGGCACGCUCAAGAUCUCAGACUGGCAGUACUUCAACGCACAAGGACUCUACGUCUUUGACUGCAUCAUCGUCUUGUUCGACAAUCGCUUUACGAUGACGGACAUCGCCAUCCUCACCAACUGCAGGCGUUUCAAGAUCCCCACGUAUAUCGUCCGCUCUAAGGCGGACCAACACAUUCGUAACAUAAUGGAGGAUAUGGGGUCCGACAACGAAGAUGAUGAGGGCGUGGGCGCGGACCAAGAGAAGAAGCUCUAUCAGGCUGCGCGGCAACAGUUCAUUCAGCAGACCCGCCAGAGCGUGAAAGAUAACCUGGGGAAUGCUAACAUGCCUGACCAAAGGGUUUACAUUGUUUCGAAUCGACUCAUGCUUGGUGUCGUAAGGGAUAAGCGGCCGGAGAAAGUCAUCGACGAGAUUGAGUUAUUGAAUGACUUGAUCGGGGAAGCCCAGACCAGGCGAGCACGCAGUGAUACAGGCUCCUUCCCACCACUGGUUCGAGUGUGGAGGGGCGGAUUGCGAGUAAGGUAGAUACAACUCACGUGCUACAACAAAAAUUCAAACCCAGCCCAACUUUAAUUCCCCUCACACUCUCACCAGCGGCUGGAAGAUAACACUAGCCCACACCCGUUGUGCCUUCGGCACAUGUCUACAUAUUAUUUAUUUGUAUUAAAUCUUACAUUUACAAAAUACUAUAUACUUUUAUUUUAGUUCUGAGGACAGAGGACACGGGAGAAUUUUUUGGGAAGGGCAAGAGUCAACAGCAAGACACAAAC